ACCGUCGGGGUGAGCCGCAGCCACCAUAACUGCCACCCGUCGAGAGUUGAACGUCAACGCCAGAUUCCUUAUUCCAGUUCUCAUGGGAUUCUCCUGCACGGCGUCUUUCCUGCCGUCGCCUGCCUACCUCCAUGGCCUCCACCUCCCUCCCCUCACUCCAAUUCAGCUCCCUCAGUCCCGCGGGCUCUCUUCACCUCUGAGACUCGCUACUACGAGCUCGACCUCCGGCGAUGCUGCUGCUGCUGCUGGUAUCGGGACCAGACUCAGCGGCGUCAUCGGAAUAGGGGAGGAGUUUAAAAUGCGUGCCAGGAAAUUCAGAGUUCGCGCCUCCGGUGAGGAGAUAUCGCCCCUCUUUUCCGCCGGAACCAAGCUAAUCGCCGUUAGCUCGGCGGUGACUGUCACUCUUGCUGUUGCGAAUCGCGUGCUUUACAAGCUCGCCCUUGUCCCGAUGAAGCAGUAUCCAUUCUUCUUAGCUCAGUUCACUACCUUUGGGUAUGUGGUGAUUUACUUUUCCAUAUUGUAUAUACGGUACCGGAUUGGUAUUGUGUCUGAUGAAAUGUUGGCGCUACCAAAAUCACGAUUUGUCGCUGUUGGUAUGCUAGAGGCCCUCGGAGUGGUCACUGGGAUGUCUGCUGGAGCAAUGCUUCCCGGACCAGCCAUACCAAUAUUGAGUCAGACAUUUUUGGUUUGGCAGCUGGCAUUUUCUACUGUUCUUCUGGGAAGGAAGUACUCUUUGAACCAAAUUAUUGGCUGCCUCCUAGUAGCUGCUGGUGUUGUGAUAGCUGUUACUAGCGGUUCAAAGUCUGGACAAAUGGCACUUGAUGUUGACUUUAUAUGGCCUGCAGUCAUGAUAGUUUCAAGUGCCUUCCAAGCUGGUGCUUCUAUCAUAAAGGAAUCAGUUUUUAUUGAUGCUGCAAGCCGCCUCAAGAAAAAGUCGCUCGACAUAUUUGUUGUGAAUUCUUUCGGAUCUGGCUUUCAGGCUCUUUUUGUGCUUCUCUUUUUGCCUCUGUUGUCAAACCUGAAAGGAAUACCAUUUGCUCAGCUUCCUCUUUACCUCAAAAAUGGAGCUGGUUGCUUUUUGAAUAUUGGAGACAAUACCACAGGUUGUGAUGGGGCCCCAUGGCUUCCUUUGCUUUACAUUGCUACCAACAUUAUAUUCAACAUAUCGGCGCUCAAUUUAGUGAAAAUUUCCUCUGCUGUUGUUGCUUCUCUGGCUAUCAUGUUAUCAGUUCCUCUUUCCAUAUACAUUCUUUCUCUUCCACUGCCUUAUCUGCCUGAAGGCACGAGCUUGAGCCCUUUUUUCGUGGUCGGAAGUGCGAUUCUUGUGCUGGGUCUUGCUCUGUACAACUUACCCCGAAGUCCCAGGCAAACCUCGAAAAAUUCUUAGAGGAAUCGUUUUGCAAGUCCACUGGGCAUUGCCACGUGCCCCAGUCGAUGUUGGAUGUGAGCUAUACUCUAGGAGGACCCCAAACUGGCAUCUGGCUUUGCCCGAAAUUUUCAGCAUUCUUUGCCAAAUUUUAGGCUACGUGCUGAUCUCUACUCCAUUGAUAAUUCUUCAAUCUAAUUCGAGGGAAAAAAAAAUCAUUCUUGAAGUGUUUGAUUGAUAGAUGAUGCCAGUAAUUUCAUUGUUCAGUAUGUAUUGAUGUAACAUUAAGCGUCUGCCUUGAUGUUUUUUUUUUCCUCAGAGCCAAAAAAAAAUAAAAGCAUCUGCCUUAAAUUCUUCAAUUUGCA